AUGAUCGCCGAUUUCCGCUACUUCACCCAACGCCUGUACGCUUCUUUCGGAGUGCUCAACAAUUUCGUGCUCAUUUUAUUGAUUAUUUUCAAAUCGCCGAAAAACUUGGGAAAUUACAAGUAUCUCAUGGUGUACAUUUCAAUUUUUGAGCUUUUCUACUCGAUUCUCGACUUUUUGGCCGUUCCGGUGGGUUACGGUAGUUUUUAAAGGCGCAUAACCGGGGCUCAGGAAAUAUUCUCUUCAAAUUCGGCGUUUUUGAUUGUCAUCAACUCGAAUUUGACGCCACUUCCCCGCAUUUUGAUGUUCGCUGCCAGUGGUAAUUUGAAAAAGUGACUUUUUUUAAAUGUUUUCAAACAAUUUCAGUAGCCUUCUGCAGUCUUUUCGGCAUGUCGAUGGCCAUUUUCGCCAUUCACUUUGUCUACCGUUAUCUGGUCAUUACUGGGUAAGAUUUUCAAUUUAUUCGGGUUACUGUAGACGCACAACCAUGUACUGUACUCUUCAGAAGUCGGUUUCUGCAAAACUUCCACCCGCAAAAAGUGAUAACGUUAAUUUUGCUAACUUGGAUUGUGGGCGCAAUUUGGAGCUAUGUGGUGUGUCUGCUGAUCGGUCCAAAUGCGAAUUCCGACUCUUUUAUGCGGUCGGUGAAUUCUAGGCCAUUGGAAAGUUAGGCCACGUUCAGGCAGACGUACUUGUUGCCACGUCAUCUCGAUCUGAGCGAAAUCUGUUAUGUCGGAGCGCAUUUCUAUCAAAUUGACGAGCGCGGAGCGGAUGUGGUCAACUGGAAAACGGCGGCCGCGUUGCUUUUGAUGACUAUUGUUAUUGUGAGUUUAGGAAACGGUUACUUGUAGCUGAAAUGUGUCUCAUUGGAUAGACCGUCAAAAAUUGGGCAAUAGUGUAGUUUAUCAUUUUUCUCAAAGAAAACUUUGAGGGCUUGAUUUGUAGCAUCGAAAAGUUGCCAAACUUCAACUUUCAAAGCCUGUAUCUCGAUAGCUAUUGACUUUUUCGAAAAGUGGUCAACUGCAAAAGUGUUGCAAUUACCAAGCCGAACAACUUUGUAGUUGAUCAUUUUCCAGUUGAUCAGCGUCUCGAUCGUCUUUUUGUUCGGCCACCAAAUCUACACAAGAAUGACGAGCAUGAUGUGCAGUUCGUCGAAAAGCCACAAAAGUCUGCAAUCGCAACUGUUCUGGGCGCUCGUCUUCCAGACGCUGAUUCCCGUCAUUCUGAUGCACAUUCCCGCUACUAUCGGCUUCUUUUUCUCAAUGUUCAAUCGGUCGUCGGAAGUUGUCGGCCGAAUUGCAACCGUCACCAUUUUCUUGUACCCGGCGCUGGAUCCGUUGCCCAACUUUUUCAUCAUUCAAAGCUUUCGGAGAGCUAUUUUGGGUAAGACGGAGAUUGUUUGGAUUGACACUUUGACACACAAUGGAUGCAUCUCAACUGUCUGAAGAGAUAUCAAAAAGUUGUCAACUGAAAAAAUGUACAAAAUAUCCUAAAGAACAAUUCAUUAGUUGACAACUUAUGAAUAUCUCUACCGGCAGCUGAGAUAUAGCGUCUCGAAUGACCAGUAUUGGAAAAACAGCACUACUGGCCUCAACUAGAACUCUUAAAUUUCAAAAUCGGAUCAUUAUCCGCCUAGUUACAGACCCUCAAAGUUUGCAGAUCUCUUCGGAUUUGUGAAGCGACCCACUUCCCUCAACGCUUCCAGAAACCCAGAGAUCAGCUGA